UCAAUGUCAGCUCUAUUGAAGAGCCGUGCAGCUGUGAAUUGGGGAAAUUUAGGAUUAGGAUUAACGCGCAGAUAUAUAUUUACGUACAAAAUGAGUGAGAAACCAACAGAUUUUAGUGUAGCCAAUGGUUUCGAAAGCAAAACCCCGUUCUUGAUAGGCGUAGCAGGCGGCACAGCCAGUGGGAAGUCAACAGUAUGCCAAAGAAUAAUGGAAAAGCUUGGACAGCAACAGAAAGAGCAAACAGAGAGACGUGUCGUGUGCAUCAGCCAGGACUCUUUCUACCGAUCGCUCACACCCUCGGAGAGGCUCCGCGCUGAGAGGGGACAGUUUAAUUUCGAUCACCCGGAUGCAUUUGACGACAAGAAACUGCUUACGACUCUGAAAGAUAUACUUGCUGGAAAAAAAGUUGAAGUCCCAGAGUAUGAUUAUAUUUCAAAUUCUAUAAGUGAGCGGUCCCACACAAUCUACCCUGCUGAUGUGGUUCUGAUUGAGGGCAUUCUGGUGUUCUACUUUCCUGAAGUGAGAGAGCUGUUUCACAUGAAGCUGUUCGUUGAUACUGACUCAGAUACUCGGCUGGCUAGGCGAGUGCCACGUGACAUAAUGGAGCGUGGACGUGACUUGGAGCAGGUCCUCAAUCAGUAUAUGAACUUUGUGAAGCCGGCCUUCGAGGAGUUUUGUCUGCCUACCAAGAAAUUUGCUGACGUCAUCAUACCACGCGGCGCGGACAACCUAGUGGCUAUUGACUUAAUCGUGCACCAUAUAUGGGACAUUAUGUACAAGAAACGGCCAAGGGUGAACGGGUGUAACGGGCACGCGGACGAAGAUGGCCGCCGGAUGUCCGGCAGUUCGGAGGACACGUUGAGCCGAUGAGUAUUCGUUUAGUCACCAGUGUUUGUGUGUAUGCAGAGUAUGGACGUUUCGAUGCGGGUUUUUUGUGCAUAAUAGUGUAGUUUGUAAUAUGUAUAUAUUUUAUUUUGUGUACCCCUCCUCUGGACGGAGUUACUUGUUACUUGUACAAUCUCAAUGUGUAAAACAUUAUUCAUUCAAUCUGGGGGGGAAGAGAGGGAUUGGGUCACUUAAUCUCACGUUUGGGAGAAGAGGGGUGUGGUAUGGAAGUAAAAAUAAAAAAAAAUUACUCUAUUACAUAUGGGAUAUAAUUUUCUUUUACUAAAAAUAUGGUUAACCCGUGUACAAACUAUAAACACGAUUUUUAGUCAAAGCACCAUUGCUGUUGACGAAAUGCCAAAAAAGAAUCGAAUCAUCGAAUCUUAAUAUCAAGGUGAAAUAGAGAUAGCAUGUCAUCAAGUACUUAUGUGCGAAAGAAACGGAAUGUUUAUGAUGUGUAGUAAUUACUGUUUAUAAUUCGUUCCUUAUUUGGGGCAAUAUAUAAUUUUCGCGACAUUUAACAAACCCUGUGAAUACGAUACGGAAUGAACAAGAAAGUGAAUAAAAGUAUUAUCCAAAAACUAUUCUUUGCACUUCUAUAUUAUUGAUUGAAAAUAUUCGAUUUUCAAAUUAGACGCGUAGAGACCUUGGAUUGUGAUGGAACGCUGAAAUAAAAAAUGAUUUCCUUUGUCUAUGGUAUUUUCCUAUGAAAUGUUCCAUACUCUGUAUACGUUAUGGAUACCGGUAUUUAUAGAUAAGAGUAUGUUUAAGUCUCAAAUUGCGGGGAUUUCAAACAUAGACUAAGGCAUUUAAAUGGACAUGUAAUUAAUUAAUUCCCGAAUGUAAAGAAUUUUUAUAUAGUAUAUAUAUGUAAGAGAUUACUUAUCUUUUGUUGUAUAUUGAUUAUAAAGGAUUUAAUUUUAGAACGUGACCAUUCGUGACACGAUCUUUUAACUAAAUUGAACAUUGAAAUUGCUUUGCGUAAAAAGUGUAUUUCUAUAUAUUCGGGCAUAAAUUAUGACCAUAGAGUUAACAACUCAUAAGCGUAGAUAUUAUUUUGAUUGCUUGUCUUUUUUAUGUAUAAACUGGCAUUGACAUAGAUUAUGAGCUGAGCCGGACAAUCUUGAAGUGUAAUCACACAAAAAAUUGAAUAAAUACCAUAUUUUUGAGCUUUUGAGACUGACUUAAUUGAAAAGAAUAUUUAAGGAAGACUCCAAUGUAUUAUGCUAUGUUGGCGAUACACUAAUUAAAUGUUUAUCAACUCAUGCCCUAACAUAGGGAAAUCCGCUCCCCCAAUCGGGGAAAAAUAUAGCUUAUUAUCUAUGACUGUGCAAAGACUUCGUACGUAAAGAUUGCGCUGUAAUGUGAGGUCAUCGACUUAUUAUAAGCGCAUAGACAUUCAUAUUAUAAAGCAUUUAUGCUCCAGUAAAUAGGUUAGAUCGAUAUUUUUGUACAUGGUAUACAUCUGCUUUUAUAAUCUGUGCGUAAUAUUCAAGUUUAUGGUUUAUUGAUAUUUUAAAAUUCUUGCGGUUCGUGGGGAAUGCCUAUGUCAUGUAUUGGGUUUAAAGGUAUAAAGAAAUUUUAAAAUAAACGUCUAUGCCCCAAUUAAUCAUACAUAUGUUAUGACCGAAGACCGUGAACGCCCAUCGAGCGAAAAGCUUCGCGUCGUGGUCAUAUCAGAAGGUCCACAAUGCGAAGUUCGUGUUAUGGCCCGAAUGAAAACUCACAAUGCAUUGCGACAAUCACAGAAAGAGCACAUAGGGAAAUUUAUGUUGUGGCCGGUAUGCUAUUUGGACUAUGACGCGUUGUGGCAAUGAAGAAAAGCCAUAACGCAUAAUUGUUAUACCAUAACACGUCACUUCAUUGUACUUAUUUAUUUAUAAAGAAUUUCCAGCACAGAAUACAGAUGAAAAUUUUGUAUAGCUCGUUGUAGUAUAUUGGGUUUCUGAAUCUUCGAUUGUAAGCAGAAAUGUUGAUCUUUUGCUAUGACUAGUCCGUGUUGUGAGCUAAUUUUUCGUUCUAUGAGCGAUUUCUGUCUAUGGGCGUAACAUAUGGUUAGGUGCAUUAAUUCAAUCGAUUCUAUUGUCAUUUUUAUGUUCCGUUUAGCGCACAUUAUAUAUUUAUUAUGUAAUUUGGCUUAUGAAUGUACUUUAAAAUGUAUUCUUGUCUAUGUUGAAUGAAUUAAACAAUAAACAAAUGUAUUAAACUCUAGUAUUCGUAUGACACAUUUUGGAAAGUAAAAACAUUUUAUUUUAUAUUGUAAUAUAAAAAUCUUCUGACAGUUAAAAUAUGAAAAUAUUAAUUAUUAUUAAUAUUGAUAAUGUUGUCAUUGACAUUGUGCGCAAAAGUCACGCGCAUACUUACUUUGUAUUCUAUUAAUAAUGGCAACACUUUUGCACAAAAAAAUUAUAUUAAUUGACAUUUCAUUGUCUGUGACAAAUUUUUCGUUAUAAGAUGUAAAUCGCGCCAAUUUUUUUCCAUACGUUAUGUUUUUAAAUGGACUGAUAUCGACCGAAUUCCAAACUGUAUGUGAUAAGUAUAAAAACGAAUAUAAAAUGUGUAAAAAAUAACACUUAAGAGAAAAUUAAGAAAAAAAUGAAAUUUACUAUAAUUGCUCUUCUUGUAGGUUAAGGUGAUAAAAUUAAUUUGUUGUUUGCAAUCAUACAUAUUAUGCAUCCAUAUUACAUAAUUGUGUCCUUUGAUUUUAAACCUCUACUGCGAGUGCUAUAUAAUAGUAGCAAGCUAAUACGAUCCAUAUUUUAUAUCCUCGCAUGUGUGACAGCUUUGUAUUAUGCGGGUCACUCACAUGCGUGAAAACAUUCGCGCAAUGUGAGAAUGUUUGCGCUCUUAUAUGGCAAAAACACUCUCGAACGUCGUCCCGCAUGGCAUAUUUCUGUUAUUUCUAAAUGUGCGAGGUUACUAAGCGAGCACAAACCGGAAUAUGUGUUGGCUAACAGUUCACAUGUCUGUCUACGCGUAUGUUAGGAACUGAACCGAAAAAAAAUUAAUCAAAGAUACUAUACUACCACUACAUGUAUUUAUUUUGCAUUUAUCGAAAUAAUAAUUACGAUGCGAUUCAAGUAAGGAUAGGAUCGAUUUUGCACCAUUUUGUGACGUCAUAGAUUAAAUUGAGUAACAAUAACGUUUGUUUUAAAACAGUGAGGCAAACUCAUAUAAAUAUCGCCGUUUCUAUUCUUAUUUGAGUUGCAUAUUACAAUACUGUCAUAACUGUUUCUCGAAUAUUGUAUUUAUUUUCUUUUACAAAUAAAUGUUGUAAUCUUUAUGUCCGACCUACUUAUGACGUAUUUAUGAUUUACUUAUUAAUUAAACAAUUUAGUUGCAACCAGAAACUUGCAAAUAUGAUAAAAGAAAUUUGUUGCUGCUCGUUUGCCAUAAAAAACAGAAUCGUAUUGUGUCGAUUGUUUGUAAAGUUUGCCAAAACUCAAUUAAAACUAAAUAAUUAAUGUAUGUAUAUUACAACUCCUGUUUUGCAUUUAUUUAUUUCAAUAUGCAUUUAUGUACAUUUUUAUUUUCAAAUGUAUAAUAAUGUAUUUCAUAUUUCGUUACUUCUUAUUUUAACUUGCCAAAAGUUUGCACUCCCAUAUUAAUAAUAUGUUAUUCUAUCAUAUUUGUUAUGUUUCUCUUGUGACGCACCGCAUGUUCUACUUGUGUAGGUUAAACUUGUACACUAGUGCUUAAGCAAUAAAUGUUUGCAAGGAA